AUGUUUAAAGAAAUAAUUACAUUUGGUUUCUUGGGUGUUUCAAUGUCACAGCUGAUCUUUGAUGUGGCUGUGUUAUUCGGUUUGAACUAUCAAGGCUAUCCUGUUCCGGAAGAGGAUCCUUCUCUUCAGCGACUAAGAUCUAGAUUUCGUGUCUCUGCAGCUCUAUGCAUUCCACUCUCGGCAGUGGUUGGUUUCACUAUCGCCUACGGAUGGACCAAACUCCUGAUGAAAGUUAACAAAACCAAUAUCUUAUUAUUCGGACUUCUUACAACAAUACAUGCAUUUCAAUUAAUCAAACCAUUUUUAUCUUAUGGAUAUAAUAUGAAAUCUAUAUAUAAAUAUUAUAGAACGGGAGUAUCUAAAUACAAUAGUGGUAUAAUAGAUGAAUUGGUAUCGAAUUCAAAUAGUGCAGUUUUCCAUGAAGCUAGACUCCAUACAUUCUUCGACUGUACCUGUGCUGCAAUUCCAAUCUAUUUACUCGCAUACUUUCUUUCUAACUAA